AUGAAUCCGUCGAUACGCCCCCCCGACGAAUUUACAGUGCCGGAAGGAAAAAACCGGUAUGCAUCAUGGAAAACGUGGUCGAAAAAGUUCAGAUAUUACGCAGACGCCAUCGCGUUGAACGAGAAAACACCUCCGACGCAAGUGGCAUGCCUACUAGCAGUGAUGGGCGAAAUCGCCGGUCGAGAAUAUGAUCGUGCGAUUGCUGAUAGAGUCACACCGACAACAACUUCGACUGAGGUUUUAACAGCCCUCACAGCAGUUUUCAGACAAGAACUGAGCGUUACCCAAAGCCGGUUCGAGCUUUUCAACGUGAAGCAAAAACAAGGGCAGCUCGAGGCGUUUCUGCAACAACUCGACGACAAAGCCGAAGAGUGUGAUUUCUGUGAAAAAUGCAAAGAAUCCGUGGUGACAUCAAUUUUCAUAAUCGGAUUGGACGAUAGUGAAACGAAGCAGUACCUGCUUCAUAAUGGGGAAUCGCUCACCAAGCUCAAAGCACUGAAACUCGCACGGAACUACAUGAACUCCAAGUCGAUAGAAUCUACGAUCCGAGCCGGAAGUAGCAUCAAAGCAGAUUCGAGCAUAGAAGUGGAUGCAAUCCACAGGAAGGACCGACCAAGACCACGCGAGUUACUCGGGAGGCCUGCGCCGUCAAUCAAAUGCAGAUUCGGAUGCAAGACUCACCCUCAGCAGCAGUGCCGUGCUUCGAGGGUCAAAUGCUUCAAAUGCAAUCGAAUGGGACAUUUCUCAGCGGUUUGCUCAUCGAUACACUACCUUGAUGACGAGCCGAUUCCAAGUACGGAGAUGCAGGAGCAUCAUCAGCAUCAAACGAAUUGUGACGAAUUGCAUCUAUUUGCUUUGAGGCUGGCGGAAUUGCGAGGCUCGUCCCCGAAAAACUCGGCAUCGCAGUGGUGGCAGCGCCUGGCAUUGGGAGAUUCCAAAAUCAAGGUAGAUUUCAAGUUGGAUUCGGGUGCACAGAUAUGCAUACUACCAUGGCGAAUUUUCAAAACCAUCCCAGACCGCCCCGUGCUCAAGCCAACGCACAAAACCAUAUCCUCGUACUCGUCUCACACCCUGAAGAUCGCUGGCACCUGCACAGUAGCAGUCGCCAUUCCAGGGGAUACACGCAAAACGCCGGUGCUGUUCUUCGUGGUAUACACGAGUGCUCCCGCUAUCCUAGGACUGCCAGAAUGCGAGCGUCUAGGACUCAUACAACGCACAACGCCGAAAACCAUGCGUUUGGAUUCAAUCCACGACGAGAAAAUGGAAAUGGUGCGUCGUAACCACGAUCUUUUCGAUGGAAAACUCAGCACGUUGCCUGGAAUUCAGCGAAUCGAGAUCAAUCAAAACGAUCAACCUCCUCGACGAAUAUUCCCACCGAGACGUCUGCCUAUCCGACAUAAAGAGAAAAUCCACCGGACAAUCCAGGAGAUGGAGAAACGAGGUGUCAUCGCCAGAACCACAAGACCGACGGAUUAUGUACUGCCAAUGGUGGUGGUCUCUAAAUCAGAUGGGUCAUUCAGAAUAUGCCUAGAUCCAAGGUAUAUUAACCCACACAUCAAGCGCCGAACAUUCCCGCUCCCGAUAGCGCAGGAACUUCUCAUGCAGCUGGCUGGCGCGCAGUACUACUCCGUAGUGGAUGGUGACGCCGCUUUUUGGCACCUCAAAUUGGACCAAGAAUCUAGCGAUCUCUGCACAUUCGCGACCCCGUGGGGAAACUAUCAAUUCAAACGCCUACCAUUCGGGAUAGUCGACGCAUCCGAAAGAUUUUCGGAAGUCAUACAUGCUUUGUUCGCCGACCUGAAGGGAGUCGCAAAUUGUGUUGACGAUUUCCCAAUCCAUGGUCGAACGAGAGAGGAACAUGACAAGAACCUCGAGGCUUUUCUCUCCAGAUGCCGAGAGGUGGGUCUCAAACUCAACGAGAAGAAAUUCCAAUAUUGCCAACCCAGCGUGAAAUUCCUGGGACACGUAGUAGGAAAAGAUGGCAUAGCGAUUCCCGACUCACGCAUCGAUGCAAUCUUGAAAAUGUCACCACCCAAGGACCAAAAGGAAGUCCGCCAAUUCCUUGGAAUGAUUAACUACGUCGCCAAGUUCAUUCCAAACGCUGCCAACAUUACAGCUCCGCUUCGCCAGUUGACUCGGAAUGACACCGAUUUCACGUGGAACCCAGGAGCAGAGGACGCAUUCUCCAGACUCAAACACGCAUUAACGAAGGCGCCCGUACUAGCGCACUUCGAUCCGACAUGCGAGACAACCCUGAGUGUUGAUGCCAGCUCGUAUGGUAUCGGAGCGGUGCUCAUCCAAAACCAGAGGCCUGUUGCUUUCUCCUCAACCAGCCUAACAGAGACGCAGUCAAGAUACGCACAAAUUGAGAAGGAACUGCUUGCGAUUGUGUAUGCGUGCGAGCAUUUCAAGUUUUUCAUCCAAGGCCAGCAAGUGACAAUCGAGACUGAUCACCAUCCGUUGAUCGCGAUUGUAAAGAAGGAACUCGCUCUCCUAUCACCCCGCCUGCAAAAGAUGAUGCUGAGGCUGCUCAGAUUCGAUUUCAAGCUGCAGUACAUACCUGGCAAGUACAUGUUUAUCGCCGACGCCUUGUCGAGAAAACCUCUCGCGAAAACCACGAGCGCUCCAGAAAUUGAGGACAGAGCCCUCAAUGUGUACGCAAUGACGACCCUCUCCGACAGGCGAAAGAAUAUCAUGCAACAGCAAACGGAGCAAGACCCUCAGCUCCAAGAAGUCAUUCGGUUCAUCAGAAACGGAUGGCCUGAUCACAAGCACAAGUGUCAACCCGAGACCAAGCUAUACUGGGAUGUCAGAGACGAGUUGACGUGCGAUGAUGGCAUUUUGUUCCGCCAAAAUCGCAUGGUCAUCCCUCAGGCAUCUCGUAAAUCGGUACUCGAGGAUCUCCACAAGGCGCAUCAGGGGAUCGAACGCUCGCUCCGCCUGGCCAGAACGAGUGUUUACUGGCCUGGACUCGCAGCAGACGUCAAGCAACUUGUUGAAGCUUGUACGUUCUGUCAAUCACGAGCGAAAGCCAACAGCAAAGAGCCCUUGAUGCCCAUAUCCGCACCACCACACCCAUGGCACACCAUAUCCAUCGAUUUCAUGCAUCUCAGAGGAAAGACCUACAUGGUGGGCGUCGAUUAUCUCACCCGCGAUUUCAUGCUUCGCCACAUGACGACGACAACAGCAGACCGCGUGAUUCAAGUGCUAGAAGAAUGGUGGUUCCAGCACGGAAUUCCGCACACAAUAAUUUCCGACAACGGACCUCCAUACUCAGGAGCAGUAUUCAUGGAAGCGAUGAGAAAGUGGGACAUACGACAUAUCACUUCCUCUCCAGGACACGCACAAUCUCACGGCCUAGUCGAGAGGACCAUUCAAACGCUCAAAGCUGUAAUUGAGAAGACGCAAAGCGAUGGGAAGAGCAUACAAAUGGCCCUUAUGAGCCUUAGGAACACCCCGGGCAACGACGGCGUUUCUCCUGCCGAACUAUCAUGUGGCAGGCGCCUGCGAUCCACGCUACCGGCGGCUCUCGACACCAAACAACGUCCACGCGAUUUGUGGACCCGAAGAAAAGCAUUCAUCAACUCCACAGCGUCACGAACAAAAAAAUACUUCGACCAACACGCUCAUCCACUUCCGCAGCUCAAAUUGUCCCAAAGAGUAUGGGUCCGAGUUGCACAUCGAAAAUGGAAGCCCGCAGUCAUCACCGAAGUGAUGAACGCCCCGAGAUCGUAUAAGAUAAGAACCGAAGACGGCCUCGAUCUCAGAAGAAACAGAAGAGAUUUGCGUCUUGACAAAAGCACCAGCAGCGUCGACACAGGUACACCCGCCUCAUUUCGUGGAAGGCACUUCAUACCGUCGAAUCCGAUUCUCUCUGACUCGACCGGCUCCGACGGUUAUGACAGUCAAGCAUCACUCUCGGAAGCCGACUCCGACGCAACCAUCCGAGGCAAUGACGAAUCGAAUCCAGGAGACCCGAAUGUGACAGAGGAUGAUUUCGAAGCGACUCCGACUUCCAGUGCUGACAACGAAAAAACACUCGAAUCGAAAGACAACUCUAAAACGAUACCCGAAACGGAGCCCGCAUCGCGGAGCUCUUCAGUAGGGGAUCAAGUUCCCAGGUCGUCGUAUGGGAGAGUUCUCAAAGCUGUUCAAAGAUAUAAUUGA